UGACAUUAGUGUGACAUAACCCCCAGCAGAUUGAUUUUUAGACGGUUUUCUUUUAAUAAGUUUCUUGUGGAAAAGCGUAUUUUGAUAGCUAAAGCCAUGAAUAAUUUACCUAAAUGCGUGUGUCGAGUGAACCUGAAACCUGUGCUCCGAAAUUUCAGACUAAAUCGUCGAUUUUCAAGCAGUGACAUCACCACACCUUCCACAGUUUCAGAGCAGAACAAAAUCGUGAUUCCCCAGCGUAUCGAACGUGGUCCCACCGACAUUCUGAACGCUCUUUCCAGCACAGUAGGAUUCGAUCCAACAGCAUCGCACUACAAGUACCACGACGAUCCCUUUUUGCUUCCGAUGACGAUCUUAAGCAAGAAAUCCUACGCCAUGGCUCAAGAAGCCGGCCGAAAGGCAGCACGCUGGAUUCGUCAGGAGAAUGCUACACUGUUUCAGCAUAAAGAAGCAGAUCCGCCUGUUCAAGCGUUUUUCCCUACAAUGAUUUAUACCGAGGAAAGCCAGGUUGAAGCGACUGACCUCCAGAAAUUGAUCGAGAAUGUCGAUGUCAAGGAUGCUAUUUUGGUGUACAGUCUCCUGAAAAAGAACAACGUUGAAGUAAGCCAGGAAGUGAAGCAGUCACUACUGGAACUACUGUGUUUCUUCAAUCACGAAGAGUCGCUUGCUGAGGAAUACAUUGAAGAACGUUGGUUCCGACAGGGAGGUCAAGUAAAGGGACGACAGAAAAAGUCAUGGAAAGAUUUCGAGUUAGCCGAACAGCUUUUCCACGAAAUAGAUUCGAAACAGUCGGUUCAUUAUUGCGCCCUGAUCCGAGGAAUGGCAAAGUACAUCCAGGUGGAGAAGGCAUGGGCUUUGUAUCAGGAGACCAUCGAAAAGAACAUACUUCUGGAUACGAAUACGUUCAACAGUUUAAUAGAAAUUUCCUCUUACUUGAAGGAUAGCUACGAUACGAAGUGGCAAUUAGUGUGUGAGCUUUUGACCGCGAUGAAAAACCAAAACCUGAAACCGAACAUUGGAACGUUGAAUGCCGUUCUGCAAACUAUAACCUCAAUUGGUGGUCACAAUAAUCCGAGAAAUUUUGCGCUAAAAACACUAUCAGAAUUUAAGAAAUUGGGAAUCGAACCAUCACUAGCCAGUUGGUACUACAUACUGUCGAUUUUCUGUCGGGAACGAGGACCGACCAGUCACGUCCUACAGGAUAUUAUGAAUGAAAUCGAAAAUAAAGAGUUUUCGAUUGUAGAUCCAAAAGACACUCUCUUUUUCGUAACGGCCAUGGAGGUAUGCCGGAAUCAUUUGCACGAUAAGGAUUUAGCUAGGAGGGUUGACAGCUUGUUGCAUUUCAAGGAUAACUACAAUUUAAUUGGAGAUUCGAAUAAAGAGUCCGCUUACUACCGUCACUAUUUAAGCAUCCUUUGUAGUACCGAAACGCUGGAAACUUUCAUGGAAACGUAUAAUUUGCUAGUGCCGAAUAUUUACAUCCCGGAAGCGUUCGUAAUGGAAAACAUUCUGAAGUCAAUUGACGUGAACUGUGCAAUCGACUACCUCCCGCAGAUUUGGUCCCAUAUGAUACAGUUCGAGCUGAUUGGCCGAGAGAAUCUGCUUUCUCUAGUUCUCCAGAUAAUGCUGGCAAACCCUCCGAAGGAUCCGGAAAUGGUAGAUCGUUUUACGGUCAUAGCAUGGGAUAUGUUCACACGGUUAGAAGAGCUGAUAGCUGCAGAACGGCGCACUCAAGCAAAUGCGUUGUCCGGUGUUAUGCUGGGAGACAUCCUAACGAUUUCUUGUAGGGGCAAGGACUUUGAGAAAUCGGAGAAACUGUUCGAUAAAAUUAACAAUCAGCAGAACGCUAUCGUUGGGGAGCCUAAGCUUGAAGGGUUGCGAUCCUUUAUUCAACUGUGUAUCGACGAACGGAAGCCUAGUUUAGCGAUUACCUGCCUACAGUACUGCGCGGAAAAUGGGUUCCCCGAGACUGCCGACCUGGGAAAGCAUAUCUACAAUUCGUUUACGCUGGACGAGGUUCUAGUAGGAAAGCUUAAACGCUUCGUUGGGGAUGACAUUGUUAAAGAAAAUGUUAGCGAAGUUAAACAUGAUUAAAUGUGGUGGAAUUGUAUAUUAGGAUAUAAAUAGUGGACGAACAAUGCGUUCGCAAUUGA